GACUCGACCGUGAAUUUUUCAUACGAAACUGGGCAAAAACAAAAACAAUGAAUAAAUUUGCAAGUUAUUUAAUUAAACCAUCCUUUCAAAAAUGUGUCAUUCGAGCAAAUCCGCUUAACACAAUAAAUAGAGUGGCGUUCUUCUCUACUGAACCUCCAGCAAAGGUGCCACUUUCGAAAAAUCCAAAACACAAAACAUCUCCGAGAGUUACAUUAAUUUCAGGCGAAAAUAAUAUUGAAAUUGUAACAUUAGAUCAGGCAAAGAAAAUUGCAGACAGGAGACAACUCAAGCUUGUAUCAAUUGUAGAUUACGACACUAAAACAAGCAGACCAAUUUACAAAUUGAUGACUGCUGCAGAAUAUCUUUCUGAAGAAUUAAAAAGACGAAAUGAUAAGAAGCAACAAAGAAAUGAAAUACAUAUUAAAUCUGAAAAACUUCUCACAAUUGCAACCAAAAUUUCAGAACAUGAUUUACAUUCGAAAAUUGCAAUGUGUUGCAAAUGGAUUGGAAAGUUUCACGAAGUCAGAGUCGUCAUUUCGGGCGAUCCCAGUGAACUCCAAAAAGGAGAAACAAUAGCGAAAGCAAUCGAAGAUGGAGUUGCUCCAGUGGAAGGUAGAAUUCUUCAAAAGCGGGCUAAAAAUGGAGAUGUCAGAUUUUCAAUCCUACCAACAAUCAAGAAAGAACCGAAUGAAAAUGUUAAGGAAACUCCAGGAAAAGCAGCACAAUCGAUAAACACAGAAAAAAAUCUUUUAAACCCAGACACAUCAUUUAAUAAUGUACAGCAGAUAAAGUCCUACCAUACAAUGGCAUUCUGACAAUUAUCGCAUCUCGCCUCUCACCAUCAUCCAACACAUCAAUUCGUCAAUGGGAGAAUUUCAACAAAAUGCUCAAAAUGUGAACAGGAACGUGUUACAUCGAAGCGCAUUAAAAUCACUGCUGUGGUCGGCAUUCUUUUGCUUGCAAAAUAUGGGUUUUGGUCCUUCAUUUAUAGUUCAUUUAAAAGUUAGAAAUAUUCUUCUUGAAUCAUUUUAAUUAUGUUGUUAAUAAAAGGUUAUGAAAUAUUGAGAC